AUGGUGUUGUUUCUGAUCGGGAUCUCUAUAGCCGUGAAUAAUUCAUCUCAUGAUAACCACACUGCAGAAAACCCCACCCAUCAGGGUGCUCAUGUGCUGCCCUCAACACUGGUCAUAUCCCUGCUUCUCAUCAUUAUUGUCCUGCUGACAAUCUACUGUCUGAGGUUCAAAAACCACAGGAAAGCUCUUGUUACCUCGGUGGAUAAAAAGAUUCCAAAUGGCUUUUUGGAGGAACAAGGAGAGCAGACAGUGGUCCUCCUCCCCAGAUCUCCCUCGCCAUCCAAGAGGUACUUCCCCAUCCCUAUGGAUUCACUAGAGGAGGAGUACCGGAUACGUUCUGCCGACGAUGGCAAGCUCUUCAGAGAAGAGUUCAAUUCGCUGCCAUGUUACUACCACCACGGGUCCUUUGAGGAGGCGAGCAGAGAGCACAACAGAGAGAAAAACAGAUACCCAAACAUUUUACCAUAUGAUCAUUCAAGAGUGGUGUUGAAUAAUCACGAUGGACAUCUGUAUUCAGACUACAUAAAUGCAUCUUACAUUGAUGGUUAUAAAGAGAAGAACAAAUUCAUUGCAGCUCAAGGUCCAAAGCUUGAGACAGUGGCCGACUUCUGGCGGAUGAUUUGGGAACAGAAAACAGCAACUAUAGUAAUGCUGACAAAUCUGAAAGAGAGGAAAGAGGAUAAAUGUUAUCAGUAUUGGCCAGAAAAAGGCUGCUGGAUGUACGGGAAUGUCAGAGUGGCAAUGGAGGACUUUACCGUGCUGGUGGACUACACAAUUCGAAAAUUCUGUGUUCAAUAUCAGGGCAGUGAUGGUCCCCGAGCUCCCCGCCUGGUCACCCAGCUCCACUUUACCAGCUGGCCAGACUUUGGGGUGCCUUUCUCGCCCAUCGGCAUGCUGAAAUUCCUCAAGAAGGUCAAGGCUGUCAAUCCAUCUUAUGCUGGACCCAUUGUUGUCCACUGCAGUGCCGGGGUGGGGAGGACUGGGACGUUCAUUGUCAUUGACAGCAUGAUCGACAUGAUGCACAUGGAACAGAGGGUGGAUGUCUUCGGCUUUGUGAGCAGAAUACGAGAACAGCGCUGUCAACUCAUCCAGACAGAUAUGCAGUACUCCUUCAUCUACCAGGCUUUGUUGGAGUACUAUCUAUAUGGAGACACAGAGCUAGAUGUGUGCUCUCUGGAGGGCCAUCUGCAGAGGCUUCACAACACCAGGGCUCCACACGACAGGCUGGGCCUGGAGGAGGAGUUCAGGAAGCUGACCAACGUGCGCAUAAUGAAGGAGAACAUGAGAACUGGAAACCUUCCUGCCAAUAUGAAGAAGAACCGCGUGCUUCAGAUCAUUCCGUAUGAUUUCAACCGAGUAAUACUCUCAGUGAAAAGAGGACAGGAGUUCACCGACUACAUCAAUGCCUCCUUUAUUGAUGGCUACAGGCAGAAGGACUAUUUUAUCGCAACCCAGGGCCCCCUGUCUCACACAGUGGAGGACUUCUGGAGGAUGGUGUGGGAGUGGAGAUGUCAUUCAAUCGUUAUGCUCACCGAACUAAAGGAGAGGGAGCAGGAAAAGUGUUUCCAGUAUUGGCCAUCAGAGGGCAGUGUAACAUUUGGAGAUUAUACUGUGGAGCUGACUGGAGAUACGCAGUGUGAAACCUUCACUCUCAAAGACAUGGUGCUCACCUACAGACCAGAAAAGCAGUCACAACAUGUACGACACUUCCACUUCCACGGAUGGCCUGAGAUCGGAAUACCAGCUGAGGGAAGAGGGAUGAUUGACAUUAUUGCCUCUGUGCAGCGGCAACAGCAGCAGUCUGGAAACCGUCCUAUAAUUGUGCACUGCAGUGCCGGUGCAGGUCGGACUGGCACCUUCAUUGCCCUCAGUAACAUUCUGGAGAGGGUGAAAGCUGAAGGCCUCCUGGACGUUUUUCAGACAGUCAAGAGUUUACGCAUGCAGAGACCACACAUGGUUCAGACUGUGGAGCAAUACGACUUCUGCUACAAAGUGGUUCAGGAUUUUGUUGACAUUUUCUCCGACUACGCCAAUUUUAAAUAAUACCUGUCAGAUACUGUUCUGUGUACCUCUGUCAAAUUAACUUAUGCAAUUUUUUUCUGAAUGUUGUUUUCUAAAGCAACUCUUUUUACAUUUUGCACUUGAUUACAGAUCUAAAAGAAAUGUUGUAACAUACUUCAAUAUGAGUGAAAACAUCUGUGCUCCAGGAGAGUCUGCCACUUU